CAAGGCCACGUUCAAAGUUUUGUUUUCCCACAAUUCUUUAUUCUUUCUAAUCUGUAUUGCUUGCCUUGCAGUUCAAUUCCAAGCUGGAAAUAUGCAACAAAAUCUUUGGUAGAAAUCUGGUCAGAUCUUGCCUUCUGCCCCUCUUCAUUUUGCUUCAUUACAAAUCUCCUUUUUCCUUCCCAUUUUAUCUCCUUCCUCACCUCACACAACCAAAACCAAAAUAAGAAAACUUUGUAAAAAAAAGGAAAAUGGGCAUGGCAGCAACAGAUGAUCAAUUUCAUGUUCUUGCUGUUGAUGACAGCGUUAUUGAUAGAAAACUGAUUGAGAGGCUUCUCAAGACAUCCUCUUUCCAAGUCACCACAGUUGAUUCUGGAAGCAAAGCUUUGGAAUUUCUUGGUUGGCAUGGAAAUGAGAUAAACAUGUUCAGUGAAGCCUCUAUUUCUCCAAAUAAUCAUCAGGAAGUGGAAGUGAAUCUUGUUAUUACAGACUAUUGUAUGCCUGGGAUGACAGGCUAUGAUUUGCUCAGGAAAAUAAAGGAAUCUGCAUUGUUGAGAGAUAUACCAGUAGUCAUCAUGUCCUCUGAAAAUGUCCCUUCAAGAAUAACCAGAUGUUUAGAAGAAGGAGCAGAGGAAUUCUUCCUAAAACCAAUGAAAUUAUCAGAUGUGAAUAAAUUGAGGCCUCAUAUGAUGAGAACCAAAUUGAAGAAUGAUAUUAUUGAAAAUGGAAAGCCAGAAAAUGAGGAAAAGCAAGAAAAUGGAGAGGAAAAGCAAGAAAAUGGAGAGAUUAUUACAACAGGAGAAGCAGAUUCAGAGAUGCAGCAGUUUCAGACAGCACAAUCUUUGCAACAGCAGACGUCACAAAACAACAAUAACAACAAUGACAACAACAAGAGGAAAUCUAUGGAAGAAGGGCUUUCACCAGACAGAACUAGGCCCAGAUACAGUGAUCUCACUGUGAUGUCCAAUUAAUCUUUUUUUUUUAAUUUCUAUAAUUAAGUUUUUUUUAAUUUGGCAUGAUGAAGAGAUAUAUAUGUAUGUACAGGGCUAAAGACAACUAUUUGAGAAUCUUACUUGGGAAACUUUUGGUCCCAAUUUUUUGUAUUUACUAAUUUUAGUGUGGAAAAUGGGAAAAGACACGAGAAAUAGUUGUGAUUGUGGAUCAA